AAGUUUUCUUGGGCUUUUGACUUAAAAGACUGAAUGAGAUAGUUGCUGAUUGCUAUAUAUUUUCCGUGAAAAUGGACGAUGGCUACGAUAAUCAAGAGUGGGGGGAGAGUUCGGGAAUGAGAGGGUCGUCGGAGAUGGGAGACUCUGACAAUGAAGAUCAAUAUAUGGAAAAUCCUGCAGAAGUUUUGGAAGAAUGUCUUCAAACAUUUAAAACUCAAGACUACAUCAUGGAGCCAGGCAUUUUCAACCAACUGAAAAGGUAUUUUACAGUUGGUGGAAGUCCAGCUCAUGUCAUCGAACUUCUCUCCCAAAACUAUUCUGCCUCUGCUCAGAUGGCUAAUUUGAUGGCAGAAUGGCUCAUCUUAGCUGGGGCAACAAUAAAUGAUGUUCAGUCAAUGGUUGAAAAUCAUUUGAAAGAAAUGAUCAUUAAAAUGUUUGAUCCAAAGAAAGCAGAUACUAUCUUCACAGAGGAGGGAGAAACACCUGCAUGGCUUACUGAAAUGAUUGAGCAUCCUACUUGGAGGUCAUUGGUCUACAAACUGGCUGAAGAAUAUCCUGACUGUCUUAUGCUGAAUUUUACUAUCAAGUUGAUAUCUGACGCGGGAUUUCAAGGCGAAAUUACAAGUAUAUCUACUGCUGCGCAGCAAAUUGAAGUGUUUUCUAGGAUUCUAAAGACAUCAGUUGGCCAGUACUCUGAGAGCAAUGACGACGAUAGACAAAAGCACAUUCAAGAAUGCGCUCGGAUGAUUUGUCAUGGUCAACAUACCUUCGUGUACAGCGAAGUACUGCUAAAUGUUUUGUCUCAAGAACCUAAAGGAGGCCCGUCAAUCAAGAGGCUAUCCCAAGAAAUUACCCGUCACGCGAUUCAAUCGGGUCACAACGUCACAGCCAUCAUUAUGGGUCUUAAUGGUUCAGCUGCACAUCCGCGCGCCAGUCAAGCUUUAUCCUCAAUGUUGUCUCGCAACGCUUUAAAUCCCGCUGACAUCACCAACUUGUAUAAGCUGUACUCGGCAGCUGAUCCCCCACCGGUGGAAUUGAUUCGUUUACCACAGUUCAUGGAGUUACUUCUUGAUUCCUUGUUCAAGCCUGGAGUCAAGCUAAAUCCUGAGCAUAAAUCGAAAUACAAUUAUCUUCUCGCUUACGCUGCUAGCGUGGCUGAGGUGUAUAAAAAGAACCAAAGGAAAAACACCAAUCGAGAUGAACUAAAAGCCACGAUGCAGGCUCUUGAGAAGGCUCAUCAAGUAUGUACCACAGCAAAAGGCUCGACUGAACUGAUAGCUGAGCUCGGAACUCUGUAUCAAUACAUCCGCUUUCCUGUUGUCUCUAUGGGCGUAUUUCGCUGGGUUGAAGCAACUGUGCUUGAACCUUCCUACUUUAAACUGAGCACUGAACAUACUCCUGUUCACCUGGCUCUACUGGAUGAAGUAGCUGCUGUGAAUCCUUUACUCCAUCCAAACAUUCUUGACUUGUUGGUUCGGCUCUUUGAGUCGAGACAGGACGAGUUAGAAAUUCUUGUUCAACUUGAAAUGCGUAAAAUGUUGCUUGAUCGUAUGGUCAAUCUGUUGACGCGUGGUUAUGUCGUACCUAUUGUCAAGUACAUCAAACAAUGCUGGCAAAGAGGCGACACCGAUAUUUCACUAAUUCGGUACUUUGUAACGGAGGUACUCGAGUCAAUUGCACCACCAUAUACAUCCGAAUUUGUCCAACUCUUUCUACCAAUGGUUGAAAACGAAGAAAUUACUGGAACAAUGCGUGGCGAUGGUGACAGUGAUCUUGUCUCAGAUUUCAUAGUGUAUUGUAAAGCCAACUACGUCGUCGUGUCCUAACAUAUUACAUAUCGUCCAAGAAGAUGUUUGUUUCCGAUUAUCGUAGCAAUUUUACUCGAUACGGAUGUGACUUGUUAAAUUUUUCUUUCUUUUCUUUUUUUUUUUUUGUGUGCUCAAAAAAUAAAUUGACUGAAAUUGCUGAUGA